GCGGUGUUGAUUCUUUUCAAAGACGCUCCUCACCGGUCUAUCGCCGGAGCUUGAAACUGUUCCAUGGCAGAUUAUUCGUAUGAGGAAGAGUGUAAAUACUAAAUACCUUUUCAAGGCAGUUCUGACUGGCGACUCGGCGGUCGGGAAAUGCAGAUCGAAGCUUCUGUCGAGGUUCUCGAACGAUGAGUUGUCGAGGUUGUCGAAACAUGAGUUCCGAUUGGAUUCUAAACCGACCUUAGGAGUCAAAUUCGCUUAUAGGAAUGUUAAGAUUUCACACAAGAUCAUCAAGGCUCAAAUAUGGGACACCGGAGUAUUAUGAAGAACUAAAGUGUUCUGCUCUGCAAUCCAAGUCAUGAAGCACAUAUUUAUGUCACAUUAAUGCUAUGCGGCUUGUAGACAAUUCAAGAAGGUACUCUUGGAUAGAGGGAUAACAAUUACAAGGCUGAAUGAACUCAAAAGAAUCUCAUCUCUGCUCUAGCAACAAAUGGGCAAAGGGCUAAUGCCCUUGACAUAUAUGAAGAAAUCAAGCAAUCUGGAGGUUAAAGCUGUUUUAUCUUUCAUUGUAAGUUCUCAACUGCACCUCUGUAUCAGUUUUCUUUUAUGGUGGUGAUUUGCUUGAGCAACUCAAGGACAAGUUUUGUGAUCAUGGUUGGCUGCUGAACUUUUUGAUCAGAUUUAUUACAAGACUCAUCUCAAUGCUGUUUGUCUUUAUUAGAAUUAUUACAAGACUGGAGUAUAUCCAUGCAGUAUUAGUUUUGGUUCUGCCCACCCUUGACAAACUUACUACAUUGAAUUCCAGCUUUGUGGUUCCAUUAUCUUGAUUGAGUAGGCAUUAGCCAUUAUUGCCCAGCAGAUGUGUGGUUUGCAUGAAUUUGCUACAAGCCAUAAAGAAUGACAUGGGCAUUUGCCUUUGUCGACAUGUCCUGACAUGGGCAUUUGCAAUGCUCCAUGUGAAAAGUAAAUUGAAACUGAGGGAAUAAUUCAUCAAAUCAAUCAAACUUUGAUAAUAAAUUUUUAAGCUACUAGGUUUCUGCUUUCUAGAGAGAGCUGUGGGCCAUAUUACACAGACCUUGGAUCUCUUCUCUCAUCAGGACUGUUGACGAUCCAACAUGGAGGAUAAAGCAGGCUGCUGGUUACUUGCACCACCACCACGGUCCCCUCCAUUGUUGUUCUUUCACAACCCAGAUUUUCAGAAGAUGGCCUUCUCCUCAAUCAGAGAUGAGAAAUAUCACCUUGUCAAAACAUCACCUCCACAUCUUAUGGCAAAGAAAUCCAGGCUUACUUUCAUGGCUGGUUCAUCUUACUUGACAAAGAUCAGAAGAAUCAUCAUACUCUAAUCUGGAAUCUGCUGUACCAUGAAAAAAGGAUUGGGAUUGGAAAUAAGGAAUGGAACCAUCAAAGUAUCAAAUUAAAGUUGGAGAAGAAUGAUUUUCUGAUUAAUGCUGUCAUCUGCAAUAGAACAUUAUACUGCUGUACUUUUAAUUGGCCAAAACUUGUAAAGAUUGAUCUUAGAAUGCCAGAUGGCCAUCUUCUACUGGUUUUGUUGGAUGGUUAUAUUGCAGGUCAUGAACAAUCCUCAACAAUAUUUAGUCAGUACAUGCUAGAAUCAUGGGGUGAACUUUUUUUAAUUUAUUUGGUUAGAAGAUCAUCAUUUGCUCCUCCACUACUGUCGGAAAGACAAGUUAUUUAUGGAGGUUUUCAGACUGGAUUCAUGACGGCAUGAAGUUUUGGCCAUCAAUACUAGGUUUCAAUUGGAAGCCCCCCCAAUCCGAUGGACGAGUGCAGCUAUAGAAGGUCUUGCAGGUAAUGAUUCUCUGCACCCUUUGCUUAUGUUUUGUAGAAAAGGUGACAAUAUUUGCAGCUUCAUUGAUCUGUGGGCGAAAAAUAUCCCAUGAACAUUCCUAAUAACCAAUUGAAAAACAUAAUGAUAAGGAUGGUGUUUGAUGUUACAAGAAAAUCAUUCCAUAUUUCUUCGGAAUCCUUUUCUAAAGAAAAUCAUUCAACUUGCAAAUCUGCCACAUAUAGGUUUACCAAUUCUUGGCAUCAGUUUCUCAUCCUUGGUUGAUUUGGUUGUUUUGAUUGGUGUUACUCCUAAAUCUCAUGGUGGGUAUACAGAUAAUUACUUUGACUACAUCUUUUUGGAGGAAGGACAAUGGCAUGGUCUUUAUUUUCGUAGCUUCUUACCACUUAGUGGCUGCAAUAAUUUGACAUUCUAUGAUGUGGCUUUCUGCACUUUUGAUUGGCACAGAAGGCUAUUUUUAUUAAAGAAACUGGAUUCAAGUUUUUUGAGAAAGCAAAAAUGCCUUGCUCUUCUCACCAAACGUAUUUGGUAGAAUGUGAUGGGAAGCUUAUGUCAGUGUUUGUGGAUUUCUUGGGAAGGUGGUUCGAAUUUUUAAGUUAAAAAAUUCCGAUAUGGUUUGGGUUGAAGUUGAAAGCAUAGGUAACCAUACAAUUUAUGUUAGCCAUUUUUCAUCUUUUGCCAUACCAGCAACACAUGGAAUGGAGAAUAGAGUUUAUUUCCUAAAGAUUCUAUGGCAAAAAUGCUGCUAGUAUUCUCUCUGCUCGAGAAAGUUACACUACCAUGGCAGCGAGAAAAUCCUAGAAAGCUUUUACAACACAGAAGAACUAUUAUAUUCUAGUUGGGUUCAACCCAUGUUGUUUUAGAUCACUAACUAACAACCUCUCUCAUGAUUCAUAGUAAUAUCUAUUUAUUUGAUUUUAGAUUUCCUUAAAGACUUCACUUUCCCUUUCAUUUCUUCCAUUAUUCCUUUGUCAAGUAAGCUCUUUGCUGGUCAUAUAUGGUAUCUGAAAAGGUAAGCUUUUAUGAUUUUUCUUAACUCUUGGAUUGGUGCGUCUUGAACACUGUUUUAUGCUCUCUCUGCAGACGUGAAGAGGGUUUCCAUUUGGUUGUGUUCUAAGUUAUAUUUGAUGGAUGAUACAGAGGUUGAUGAAGUGAUGUUACUGGUUAAAUUACCUUGUAAAUUCUUGGAAGUUCUCAGGGCAGUUUCAAUAAUUGAAUGGUUUCUAAGGUAAGGCGCAUGCAGUUUCGUGGUGUGUAUCGCCAUUUAUUGUUCGGCGGCCGUAACCUUUAGACAACACAGAUAGAAACAGUCGAUUUUGUGAUUAAGCGUUUAGCCCCUUUCUGAUUUUCCAUGUUCAAAAAUAAAAAAGGGAGAAAAAACAUGUGACAAGACA